GCUAAACCAAUUUUAGUCAUACAAAAUGGCGUGGGUGAAUCAUUCUCAGCUUUAAAUUAGAACAGUGAUUGGACAAUUUCACAAAUUUAACUUUGGUCAAAAAUACAAUCAGUCAAAUCGGUUAAUACCUAAAGCGAAAACACUGAAGAAGUCUUUUAUUGGUUGUAAUGAAGUGGCCUUCAUAAAUGACCUUGAAGAAACGUGGGCGAGGCCUACUACGCUUAUAUCGCUUGUUUACUAACAAAACGCAUGUCUAGCGAUAAAAGCAAGGCUCAUAUUUUUCAAUUAUAUUCGUUCGAAAGGUUGUGGAUUUCUUCAUCGAUAACCUCAAGCAUUUAUGAUUAAUAUGGAUGCCUUUGUUGAAGCAUUUUUUGCCAUCGACCAAGACCAUUCAGAAACUAUCACAACAGAUGAAUUACAAACGUAUAUGGUUAAAAAUGACAUGGAUCCUGCUUUUAUUGCGAGAUGGCAAGAAUUAUUCGAUCCUCAGAGAACAGGAAUUAUUACACUUGCUAAAUUUUGUGACGUAUUAGGACUGGAACUUGAAGCGCUACGAGUUAAAUAUGUAGAACAAGAUGAAAUGAAGCAAACAGUUGAUUUCGAUUCAUCUAUGGGAGAUGUUCAUGGGAUACAAUCGAAUGGUAAAGAUGAUAUGUAUGCAAAUGAUACAAAUAAUGGAAUACCUGUUGAAAUAACUGAAUUGAAACAAUACGAAGAAAUAUCUGGUGAUAUGCCAAUAGAUUUAAAGAAGGUCAUUGUUACUACAGUAAUAGAAGGUGAACAACUUUAUGGAGACAGUGAUAAAGAAUUGGUGAAAUGGAUCAAACUGCGUUUAGACAAACAAUGCAAACGUUUAUGGCAUUGUGUCAUUGUGCGUGGUCAAUAUUCAUCAUUCUAUUCGUAUCAGCCAGGCUAUUCAUUCUGUUUUCGUCUUGGACCUCGUGUCUAUCUUUUGUUUAAAACACCAAAUAUAUAGACACUUUUCUUUCCCCUCCCCCCCCCCUAUUUCACCUUUUUUUCACAUAUCACACUCAAUGAUGAAAUGGAUGUGCAUGCUUCCACUCUCGUCAAUCCCAAAACAGGACAGUAACAAUAAAAAUGAUAAACAAUCAGAUAUGUGCAGACAUAUAAGAAGAAAAGGUACAUUGAAGUCAGAAUUUUACGUCAUUGUAUACUUGAAGACCAGUUGUAAUUCUUCUUCAAUUGGUUUCUUUCUUUCACAUUACAACUAUUUUUGUUGACUUAGGUUAUUUGAGUUUUCUGUUAAGAUUGCUUUUUGUUGUUGUUGUUGUCUCUGUUGCUGCUGCUACUGCUGUUGAUCUUUUUCCAUACAAAGGCUUAGGAUCAGUGA